ACAUUACAUUCAUUUGUCUGAUCAUCAUCAUCAUCAAUCAAACAAACAUUGUAACUGAUUUCCUAGAAUAUUUUUUUCAACUAAAAAAAAAAAUGAUUAAUAUUUUUGAAUAUGAAACGCAUUUAUGGAAGCGUUUAAUGCAAAAUGAUUUGUAUAAAAAAUUUUAUAAUCAUAUAUUCAUUAUACAUCAUUAUGAUGAUUAUAUUUGUAAUAAUUAUCCAUAUAUUUUCAAUGGACAACAACAAAUAUUCAAUAUAAAAUCCAAUACAAAUAUUCCAAGAUCAUUUUCAAAUUUUAUAACAACAAUAUUAACGAUAAUUAUGUUAUUGGAAACAUCAUUAUAUUCAUUUUUUCCAGAUUUUUUUGAUCAAUUUUUAUUUACACGUACAUUACCGAAUAUGAUACAAACAAAACGUUAUGCAAUGAGUGUUGGUGCAAUUUGGUCAACAUCAAUUCUACUACAAUAUUAUUAUGGUUUUUCAACCAUUGCUGAACAAUUUGGUUUUCUGCAUAUAUUUCAUUUGGAUAAUAAUCAUAUUGGUAGAUUGAAUAAUUUGGAAAUUCGUCAACUUAAAUUCAUUCGAAAUUAUAUGCAUACAAUUAUAAGAUUUAUAACAAUAUUUAUUGUUAUUUUUGUUAUAAUUGUUGUUGGUUUAAAAUCUAUUGAACAAUAUGAAUCAACAUUAUUAUCAUUAUUUAUAACAAUAUUCUGGUAUUUUGGUAUUGUAAUGCUUGCAUUUUAUGUUUGUUCGGUCAUGUAUCAUAUACCAAUAGUAAUUAUAAUUGUACAACAUUAUCUGGAAAUUAAACAAAAAUCAUUGAAAACACGAAUCAAACAUUAUCAUCAACAAUUAUUUGCCGAUAAAUCUAGAAUUCAUCAUAAAUUUUUCUGGAAAUGGCAUUUUGGUAAAGCAAUUAAAGAUAUUUUAUCAAUAUAUGAACAACAAUUAAAAGAAAUUCAUAUUCAUAAUAAACAAUUAACAAAAAUUUUAUCAAUUUUAUUCACAUCAUUAAUAUGGUUUUUUACAUAUGGACUUAAUAUUAUAUGUUUGAUUCCAUUAUCAAAAGAAUUUUUAUUUCUUUAUGUUACAAUUACAUUAGCUCAUUUAACAGUAUUAAUUAUGUUGAUUAAUAGAUGUUCAAGAAUUGAACAACAAAAUCAUAAAAUACUUCGAUUGAAACAAAAAUUUCAAAUACAUUCUAGUUUUGAAGGUGGUAUGUUGAGUGUUAAAAAUUCUAUCAAGUUAAAUGGAAUUAUUAGUGCAUUUGUAGAUCGUUCAUUUGGUUUUGAAUUAAUCAAUGGUGUUUGUAUUAGACAAAUUACAUUUAUAAAAGUUUUUACAAACAUAAGCUUCUUUUUCUUUUUAAUAGCUCCACAUGUUAUACGAUUUCGUGAACAACAACGAACAAUGAAUUUAGAAUUGUCAAUGUAAAUCGUCUAUGAAUCAUAUAUGUAGAAUUUGU